AUGCGACAUCCUGCAGAUAGCCCGCAAUGGAAGGCAAUUGAUCGUCUGUAUCCUGAAUUUGGGGCCGAGCCUAGAAAUUUAAGGCUUGGUCUUGCAACGGACGGAAUGAACCCAUUUGGAACCUUAACUACUAACCAUAGCUCGUGGCCCGUUUUGCUGUUCAUUUAUAAUCUCCCUCCGUGGUUGUGCAUGAAGCGAAAGUAUGUUAUGCUGAGUAUGAUGAUAGCUGGUCCAAGACAACCAGGUAAUGAUAUUGACGUAUAUCUAAGACCGUUAAUUGACGAUUUGCGGAAAUUGUGGGAUGAAGGGGUUGAUGUAUGGGACGCAAAUUUGCAGCAUGCUUUCAAGUUGCGUGCAAUGGUUUUUUGUACCAUCAAUGACUUUCCAGCCUACGGAAAUUUAAGUGGAUAUAGUGUCAAAGGACAUCACGCAUGUCCUAUAUGUGAGCAGAAUACUAGUUUCCGCCAACUUAAACAUGGAAAGAAGACUGUGUAUACUAGGCAUCGAAGAUUUCUCAAACAGUAUCAUCCGUAUCGACGCUUGAAGAAGGCAUUCGAUGGAAGUCAAGAACAUGAAACCGCGCCAAAUCCAUUAACUGGUGAUGAAGUAUAUCAGCGGGUCAAGGAUGUCGUAAAUAUGUUCGGCAAGACAAAGGAUGGUUUCAAGUGUCGUCAAGACUUGGUUGACAUGGGUAUACGUCAAGUGUUGCAUCCUAUCUCAAAAGGUAACAGGACAUAUCUGCCCCCAGCCUGUUACACAAUGUCAACAGCUGAAAAGAGAAGUUUUUGUGAAUGCUUGCGUAAUAUCAAAGUCCCACAAGGCUACUCUUCAAACAUCAAGAGUCUUGUGUCUGUGAAUGAGCUUAAGUUGGUUGGCUUGAAAUCACAUGAUUGUCAUGUGUUAAUGCAACAACUUUUGCCUGUUGCAAUCCGCGGAACAUUGCCUGAGAAGGUCCGUGUUGCAAUCAGUCGCUUGUGUUUCAUUUUUAAUGCUAUAUGUGCCAAGGUCAUUGACCCUAAACAGUUGGAUGCUUUGGAAGAUGAGGUUGUCGUUGUCCUUUGUCAAAUGGAGAUGUUUUUCCCUCCUUCAUUUUUUGACAUUAUGGUACACUUAGUUGUUCAUCUGGUAAGGGAAAUAAGGUGUUGUGGUCCUACGUAUUUUAGAUGGAUGUAUCCAGUUGAGCGGUACAUGAAGGUCUUAAAGGGUUAUACGAAGAAUCGACAUCGACCAGAGGCCUCAAUAGUGGAAAGAUACGUUGCUGAAGAAUGCAUUGAGUUUGCCUCACAGUACAUUGACUCAUUGAAACCUGUCGGUGUUCCUGUAUCCCGGCAUGACCAGCCAAUAGCCGGCAAGGGUACUCGUGGAUACAAUGUUGUGACAAUGACUAGACAUGACGUGUCACAAGCACAUUUGUAUAUAUUAAACAACACAACAGAGGUGUUUCCGUACAUAGAGGCUCACAAAAAACAUGUUAGAGAUAGUCACCCCAAAAUGAACAUGAUGAGGGUAUUGCAAGAGCACAACAAAACUUUCAUAAAUUGGUUUAGACAAACAAUACUUGCUGAUAAAAGUGUUUCCAGACGACUCACAUUGUUAGCCAUUGGCCCAAAUUUGAAUGUCCCUACAUGGAAGGGGUAUGACAUUAACAAUUAUUCAUUCUACACAAAGUCCCAAGAUGAUAAAAGUUCGGUACAAAACAGUGGGGUCUGUGUUGAUGCUGAUUCGGAGCACUUUUCCAGUACAUCGGAUAACAACCCCAUUCGAGCAUCCAUGUCUUACUUUGGUGUCAUUCAAGAAAUUUGGGAGGUUGAUUAUACAUCAUUUAGAGUGCCUGUUUUUAAGUGUCAGUGGGUGAACGGGACAACGGGUGUGUUUCAAGAUCCAUUGGGAUUUACUUUGGUAGACCUUAGUAAGGUGGCAUAUAUAGACGAACCUUUCAUUAUGGCAGCACAAGCCAGACAAGUUUUCUAUGUACAAGAUCCAUGUAAUUCAAGUUUGUCUGUGGCUCUGCAAGGAAGACCAAGUGGAAUGAAUUACCAUAAUGAUGAGUCAACCCUUGACAUUGGUCAAAUGUCUAGUUUUUCAAAACAAUUGCCUUCAAUGAAUGAAGCUGAUGAAGUGGAUGAUGGACAUGCAAAUCGUGUAGAUCAUGAUGAAGGUCUAUGGGAAAACAUCCCUACAGGCUGA